UCCUGAGAAAUACUGCACGGAGGCCGAGGGCCAGUUCCAAUUGAAUCUUCUGAAGAGAAACACAACACAACUUGCACUUAAAAAUCUUUUGAGAAAAAUAGACAUUUUUCAGGAUGUCGAUACACUUGGAUACCCGGCAAAGUCUAUUCCGCUACGGCUCGGAGUGGAACCCUAAAGCACAUGCUCAGACCAAAGGUGGUUACAUUGAUGGAUCUAUUUUUAUCCCUCCCAACCUCAAAAUUGAAAAGUUCAGCAUUGAAACAUCUCCUGUGGGAAACGUGCCGGAUCUGAUUAAGAACAUGCAUCCUCUUAUCCUCCACCUGGUAAAGAUAGGGAAGGGUAAGAGGGAACAGGAGAAGGAACCCGUCCCGAACAGUCACCAUUGGAAACUAGAGUUUAUAAUAAAGAAUGGAAAGGUUUAUAUUCAAAACAAGAUCUCAGGGUUGGAUGUAAACAAUGACGGCACGAGCAGAAAUGUGCCGAAAGAGGAUUAUAUUACAGAUUUAGACAAUAAUGAAAUUUGUCUGGGAGGGAAGCGAGGUCAAUUAAAUAUGGUGAUUUUAACACCCAAACAAGAUGCACGUGCUAAAGACGCACAUUCUGAGGACGCAACAGUUGGUCGAGUUCUGCACAAUCGAGCAACUCAGAAGAACAAAUCUAAAAUUGCAGAAAUGUGCAAAUUGUUUAAAAACCCGAAUUUUAUGAAAAAAGUGAAUUUGAAAGUCAGAUUUUAUGCCAAGAAGUGUGAAAAGUGGGUGGAAGUCUGCUCGGAUGAGUCCAAACAUUCCAUCAUAGAUAUUGGGAGUAAGGAUAUCGGAGCUCUGGAAAUUCAUGAUGUCAAUCCCUUAAAGAGCUGCAGCAGAGGAGGGAGGAAGGUUAUGAUGAUCUCUGAGUAUGAUUUAGCAGAGGGAACCCUACCUGUAUUCCAGCUGUGGGAUGGGUCAAGACGAGCAUUAGAACUUGAACACUUACUCCAUCAACCUGAACAACAACACCCCUCUCAACCAAGAACGAUGAGCAUCCGAAAGAAUACAAUUAUUUUCCUAACACCAGCUCAACCAAAUCUUUUCAAACUUAAUCCAAACAUCAAGAUUAAACUGACUUUAAGAAGAUCAGGGGAUGGUCAGAUUGCAAACAAUGCUUUUUAUUUUACAUACACUGAACACCCCGGCCUCUGUCUUUACUGUGAUAAUCAUCUGGACGCAGAUGAUGCUUGUGAAGUUCGUGAACCUGCUGAACGAGCAAAACCUGGAAGCAAGAAGAAGAAAAUGAAAAUGGAAUCUGAACACCAAAUUGCCUUUAAACGACCUCGCCUUGAAACCAUCACUAGCUCCCCAGUCAGCUCAGAGAACGAGCUGAUUAUUCACGAUCACAACGACCAUAUGCUCUCCCCGAAGUCAGAGCGUGCUUCUCCCUUGAACCUGACGAUGACAGGUCCUGAAGAUCCCGCCAUUCUUACCAUUGAUGAUGAUUUUGCCAACACUGCACAUAUGAAGCUGCCAGGGUUUGACCCUGUUUUCAACCUGGGGAAUAAAGAGAUGGUUCUAUGUGGAGAAGAGUUUAAUACAAAAGCAGAGAAACAUUGGACCUUCCAGAAUUCAAUAGAUGAUGAGGGCGACCUACAUAGCUUGAUGGAGAGUUUGAGUUCUCCUGAGCCUCCACUCUUACUGACUUUAGAUUCUUCAGGUUUCCUAUCAGAUGCUGAGUUCCAACAGCUUCUGAAGUUCAAUUCUACAUCAAUUGUUGUUAAUAAUCAAUAAAUAAAUAAUCAAAAUUAUGUGUCGUCGUAAUCUCAUACUUGCGCGAAAUUCAACAAUUAUCAUCCGAAGCUGAAACAGCUUCAUUUCUGUAAAGAUAAAUGUAUUUAAAAUUUUAAUAUUUUUGUAUGCAUGAGUACAAACUAAAAACAAUGCUAUUUAUUUACAUUAUACAAAAGCGUGUUUAAAGAAGAUAUUAACGGAUUUUACGGGUCUAUUUAUGUAUAAAAGUUGAAAUACACUUAAAUUAUUCUGAUAAUUUAUCCUUUAUUUGGUUGCUUCAGUGGUUUUCCUCUUUUAUUUAUUUAAUUCUCAAAUAAUAAUCAAAGUACCAGAAACGAGAAAACUUUUUAAACAAUUAGUUCUUAUAAAAACAAGGAUUAAAUAUUAACCUCUUUUGUAUC